CUGAUCUGACAUAAAACCGCAGUGUUUCCUGUUUGCUAUGGUUAUCUAGUUGCUAUGCUAGCUCCUAGCUAAGUCCGUCAACAGAAGGAAGCAUUUUUGAAAAUGUAUCUGCGUGCCGCACUGAAUGAGGAGGCGAGCCGCAUGCGGCACGCGGGCCGCCAGUUGCCCAUCCUUGUUCUAUGAUAUAUACAUUAUAUAUCAUUAUAUAUACAGCAGUGGUCUGGAUCGCGGACUGCCUAGCCGGCUGACCAAAGUGCCUGGGACUGCGGACCGGCCAGUCAAAUGUGCUGGUGCGCAGCACUGGCGCCGCCCAGGGAACUCCAUCAUUCUCCAUCGUCGGCUGCAUCGGGGACGACAGCGAGGCGGAGUGCAGAGCUCUGAUGGAGUGUUUUGUGGGGCGGUGUGUCACCGAUCGCCUCCAGCUCAGCAUCGGAAAGACCAAGGAGCUCUUGGUGGACUACCGGCGGAGCGGGGGAGAAGGAGUCCCCCAACUCCUAACUGGAUGGGAAGUUGGCCAGGAGAGAACGCGGAGGAAGCUGGACUGUUUUUAUUUUUUUUAUGUGUAUGUUUGAUUCCCAUUCCUGUCCUAUUCACUUGAUAAAUCUUGCUGCUAUGACACCUGAAUUUCCCUAACGGGAUUAAUAAAAGUUUAUCUUAUUAUAUCUUAUUUCUGUCUUUCAUCCUAUGGUAUAUACAUUUCUGCCUUUCAUCCUAUCUCUAUGGUAUAUACAUUUAUAUCUUUCAUCCUAUCUCUAUGGUUUAUACAUUUCUGCCUUUCAUCCUAUCUCUGUGGUAUACAUUUCUGUCUUUCAUCCUACAUCUAUGGUAUAUACAUUUCUGUGUUUCAUCCUAUCUCUAUGAUAUAUACAUUUCUGCCUCUGUGUCCUCUUUCACUGUGUUCUCCUUGUUUCUCACAUUUGAUCUCAACCCCCCCUGUCGCCAUCAGUGUCUGCAAAAGCUGUGCUGCAAAGGGCCGCCCCCACCCAGACCCGAGUAUGAUGUAGUGUGCAUCGGCCUGACUGGCUCCGGCAAAACCAGCCUGCUGACUCGCCUGUGCAAGGAGAGCAUGGACACCAUCGUGCCCACCACAGGGUUCAGCAUCAAAGCAGUGGCGUUUCAGAAUGCCAUACUGAAUGUGAAGGAACUUGGAGGUUCAGACCAAAUCAAGAAGUACUGGAGCCGCUACUACCAGGGCUCGCAGGGCGUGGUGUUCGUGGUGAACAGCGCGUGCUCGUCUGCCGAGCUGGAGGCGUCGCGGGCGGAGCUCCACUUGGCCCUGCAGCACCCGCAGCUGUGUACGCUGCCCUUCCUCAUCCUCGCCAACCACCAGGACCAGCCCGGCGCGCGGCCCGCGCCCGAGAUAAAGAAGUACUUUGAGCUAGAGCCUCUGGCCCGGGACAAGCGGUGGGUCCUGGCGGGGAGCUCCACGGCAGAUGUGGAGGGUGUGAGAGAGAGCUUUAGCCAGCUCAUCAGCCUGCUGGAGGACAGAGACACUGAGCCAUCCAGGAUAUAAGCCUCACACACACACGCACACACGCACACACAUACACACACACACACACGCACACACACAC